GCCCACGACUAAUUUUUAUUACAAAUAUAAAUGGGUAAGCUUAAAACUAAUUUGAGUAGCUCUAGUUCGCUGUUGCGGUCACAAGACGAGCCGUUGAGGUCCCAAACCGAUCCGGCGGCGGCGUUGGGGAAGAACGCGCUUCUUCCCUUACGUUCUCACCCGUGCGUCCGCCGCUAAUGGCGACGGCCUCCCUGGGUUCCGCCGCUCCCCUUCCCUCCUUCCGCCAUUUCCGCCACUUGCCCCGCUCGAUUACUCCUCUCCCACUACCAACCGCUUCCAAUCGCACGCCCAUGAAGACCGUCUCCUCCGCCGUCCAAGUCAAUACCGCCGCUCUCCUGCCGCUCGAUAAACCCCUGGUCCGCCACUACCACCAUCCGUCGCUCGAAGUCUUCGGCGGAGCUCAGGACUCCUUGCUCCCCGCUCUCAGUUCCCUGGAGCGACCGUACGAUCCGUUUCCUUUGAUCGGAUGGAACGGCCACGUUGAGACGAUCUUCGCAGCUCUCUUUCGGUCUCUCCCGGAGGUCCGGUACCGGCGGGAGUGUCUUAGGAUGAGCGAUGACGGCGUUGUCGCUCUCGAUUGGGUCUCCGGCGACCUCCGCCGGUUGCCGGCUGAUUCUCCAAUCCUCAUUCUAUUGCCGGGUCUAGCUGGAGGGAGUGGGGAUCGUUAUGUGAAGCAUAUGCUAGUUAGAGCCAGCAGUAAUGGAUGGAGAGUAGUUGUAUUCAACAGCCGUGGCUGUGCAGAUAGCCCUGUGGUCACUGCUAAGUUCUAUUCAGCUGGAUAUACAGACGAUCUUCGUGAAGUAGUGGCACAACUUGCUGCUCGGUACCCAGAAGCCAAUUUAUAUGCUGCUGGUUGGUCUCUUGGGGCAAAUAUUCUUGUUCGAUAUUUGGGUCAGGAUUCUAAUACUUGCCCUCUUUCUGGUGCUGUGUCCCUGUGCAAUCCUUUCGAUGUGGUUGUUGCAGAUGAGGAAUUCAGCAAGGGCAUUAAUUGCAUUUAUGACAAAUCUCUUGCAAGUGCUCUCCGCAAAAUUUUUAAGAAGCACGCUCUCCUCUUUGAAGACUUGGAUGGUGAUUACAAUAUACCACUGACUGCAAAUUGCAAGUCUGUUAGGGAAUUUCAUGAAGGAUUAACUGUUGCUACAUUUGGUUACCAGUCGGUGGAUGAUUACUACUCUAAUUCAAAUAGCUCAGAAUAUAUAAAACAUGUGCGCACGCCAUUGCUUUGCAUCCAGGCUGCAAAUGAUCCAAUUGCUCCUUAUAGGAGCAUUCCUCGAGAAGAUAUCAAGGAAAACCCAAACUGUUUAAUGAUAAUUACACCAAAAGGUGGUCAUUUGGGGUGGGUAGCAGGUGCCAAGGCUCCUCGGGGGUCUCCUUGGACUGAUCCAGUGGUGAUGAACUUCCUGAGUUAUCUGGAGAGCGGCAGAUCCCAACCCUCCGAUUUCCCGGAGUUGGAGAGCGGCAGAUCCAACAGCUCUGCAACUUCUUUCAUGAAAGUGAACGGAGUUCAACAGUGUACAGAGGGUUCUCAUCAUCACCAAGAGGUUUAGAUGGCAAUCUUCAGUUGAUAAACAUGUUUGUUGUUGUAUCUGUUUUAUGGUCUUGGAAAUGUAAUUAUAACGCUGCUGAUGUUCAAAGUUUCAGGGAAUGUGAUCUGUUUGCUUUAUUUUCA